AUGUUACACUAGUCGUGACGUUUAUCCUUCUAUAAAUCUAUAUAUAUAAACAAACAAAGAAAAUAUAAUAAAUUUCAUAUUCAUACACACAAGUAAACAGAAUUAGGUGCAGAUUGGUGAAGAUAAUAAUCAAAGUCCAACGGAUUUGAGGGUGCAUUGGUAAUUGAUAAUGGAAAGAACAAAAACAUCGAAGCAAAAGAAAAACGUUCUAUUCAGUUUUUUUGGUACCGGAACGAUGAGGAUUUUCAAAAUAAGGAGGGCGGCCCCCGUGGUUGUGAAUACGGAUGUGGACCGUGCCGUUAGAACGGAGACGGAAUUCAACAUGAGGUCCAUCAGGUUCCUCCUGGUGAUCAUCACGGCUAUGUUUGUGGUGCUAGGAACUCUGAUGAUGGUGCUGGGUAUAUCGGUAUACUCCCACUUCCAUAGCUUCUCCACAUUCUUUGAGACUGGGAUGAUCCGCAUGACGCCAUCCAUCAUGAGUGUGUUCGGUGGAGCGGUGCUACUGAUUAUAUCCUUGCUCGGAUUAAUCGGCAGCUUGAGACUCAGCACUUGCUUGGUCAAUCUGUAUGCCUUCAUCUUGAUGCUGUUGUUCAUUUUUCAAUUAGCCAUAGUAAUAGUCUCUUUCAAUGCGGCUGGAGAUCAUUUAUACAUGAAUUAUAUUGACAUUCCAGUUAAUAUGUACAGUGAUCCUGAAAUUCAACGAGAAAUAGACAUGCUGCAAAGUAGCUUGUUUUGCUGCGGCAGUUAUUCCUUCGAAGACUAUUUAAGUGUGACCUUUGGGCCAUAUCAACCAGUAGUUGUGGCAACUGUAUUCCUUGCUGGAGAGUACGUCACCCUGACUUUGCCAGAAUCCUGCUGUUUCUCCGUCGUCAAUGGUCACUGUGAUCGAGUACCACAGCGGGGAUGCAAAUCCGAACUAUUCGGUGCUUUAGUACAGAAUUCCACAGUUCUCGGUAUCGUUGGAAUAUCUGUGAUACUUAUGACUUUACUCGGCAUAAUUUUUGCUCUGCUUCUGGCACGUAGUAUCCGCAAACUGAAGAGUGCAAGGGGUUUGCUCGCGUGGAGAAUACGAGAGCGCGUUAUCGUUUCACGACAGGCUGAAGAAAAGCAGCAGCAAUCACAGCAGAGUGACGCAAACCAAGUGCACAUCGAACCACAAUUAUCAAGCACUGCAUAAAUUAAAACAAUACCAAUAUUAUAAUUAGGCUUCUAAGGCUAUUUUUUGCACUUACAUUUAGAGUGGUCUAUCCUAUGAAAGCUUAUAGCGUUACCGCCUUAGCAUAAUAGACUAUCAGAUGUUAACGACAUUUAAAAGUACUCAAAUGGUGUUUAAUAAGUGAUCGCGAAUAGGUAGGCUAUUCUGAUUUUGAUUCAUUGCCGCCAGCCAAUCAGAGCGCCGAACGUGGUCUCGAUUCGAUUACUUUAAACGUAAAACAAACUUUAAACGUACUAAGGCCUCUGUAUCUUUUUCGAACUUUGAAUUUCGAAUUGAGAGUUACAGAAUAGCCUAACUGAAAUGUUGCUGAUAAUAUUAUAAGACUUGAAAGGACACAUAUAUAUAUAGGUGCAUAUCACUUCAAUAUAAUCUUAGUAUUGAAGUGUUCUGAAAAGUCGUUGCAACGACUAUGAAAGAUAAGCACGUUACAGCAUUUAGGUGCUUGACUUUCGGUAGGUUUGUGGUCCGUCGAUUUCAAUAGAUGGCAGAACGUCAGAGAAUGC